GCACCGAAAGUUUUGCCGGAAAGAAUUUUCCCAUUUGCACCAAUGUGUACCAAUGUACGCUGAAUUGCACUGAAUUUACACGUGUCGCACGUGGAGUGUAUUUUACGUUCGGUAUAUCUACGUGAAAAUACGAUUUUUUUUUUUAUUCAAUUGAGUUUGCUUCUGUAAGAGGUUAUGUCUUUCCGUGGACGCGGUGGUAGGGGAGGCGGUGGUUUUAGGGGUGGUCGUGGAGGCGGAGGAUUUAAUAGGGGACGUCCUGGUGGUUUCGACAAAAGCAGAGGGUAUGAUCAAGGUCCUCCAGAAACAGUAACGCCGUUAGGACAUUUCACAUGGACAGUAGAAAAUGAUUUAGUUCUUAAAGUCGACAUUGAACAGAUACCCUUUUUCAAUGCUCCGAUCUACACAGAGAAUAAACAGCAGAUUGGGAAAAUAGACGAAAUAUUCGGGAACAUUCGGGACUACUAUGUGUCUGUUAAAUUAUCGGAAAAUGUAAAAGCCUCUAGCUUCCAGAAGGAUGUUCAGUUAUAUAUCGACCCAGCAAAACUGCUGCCUCUUCAGAGGUUUUUGCCGAAACCUCCUGGAGAACAAAAAAGAGGUGGUGGUGGUGGCAGGGUCAUGAAAAGAGGUGGUGGAGGCAGAGGAGGAGGUAGAGGCGGCGGCAGACCAUCUUUCGGAAGAGGAGGAGGCGGUGGCUUCGGAAACAGAGGUGGCAGUGGAGGAUUUAGAGGUCGCGGGGGAGGCGGUGGAUUUAAUCGUUUCAAUUCGGGUGGAGGUCGAGGAGGAGGGAGAGGAAGAUGGUAGAUUUAAAAUUAAUAUUUUAAUGUUAGAAUAAUAUCUUAUGUACUAUAAUGAUAAACAUUGUAAAUGAUAAAAAUGAUUAAAUAUUUUAUACAAUUUACUCAGUUA